CAAAAUGGCGCUAUCCAGUAAAAUGAAAAUUUGGUUUCUUGCACUAUUUCUGUUAUUUUGCAGCUUUGUCAGUUCUAAACGACAUGUGGCAUACGUCACAUUAGAUUCGAAGGAUGGUUUAAAGAUUCGUAGAGGCCAAAAUCAAGGUCAAGAUUUGAUUGGUACGGCAACAUUCGCCGAUUACAUACAAACUACUGGAUGGGCCGUUCUGGAAGUAACCACCAAUCCAAAUUACGAUGAUGCCCUACAGGCAUACGCAGCGGGUUUGAUGGAGGCUGACUUGACAAGAGAACUUAUCGCCAAGAACUGGAACAAUACAAUUGAUGGCUACUGCAAAAAACCCUAUGCUGGCUACUGUGCCAGGCUUCAGAAGUUUCUUCAGGAUAAUUUGGAAUGGGUGUAUCAUCAGAUAGCAUCGCAACCUAAUGACCCAUAUUGGCACCAGGUUGAGUUGCUGCUGACACAAGUCAAUGGAUUGAUUGAUGGAUACACCAGUAAAGUACAGAAGCCUUCUUACAAGAUAACCGAUCCAUUCGGAUUUUACUUCUUCCAAAUUGGGGGUGAUCUUGAAGAUUUGGAAAGUGCUUUAAAGAAAGAAGACAAAACUCACUUGCUUGGUUCUGGUUCCUGCUCCGCCUUGGUCAAAUUGUUGCCUGGUAACAAAGAACUAUUCAUGUCCCAUGAUACGUGGUCUGGUUUCCAGUCCAUGCUCAGAAUCCAGAAGAGAUACCAAUUUGGUUUCCAUCACAGCUACCAACGAGGAAGUCAACAAAUACCCGGAAAUAAUGUAUCAUUUAGUAGCUACCCAGGGAAAGUGUUCUCAGGGGAUGAUUUCUAUGCGACUUCAGCUGGCCUUGGAGCGCAAGAGACCACCAUUGGGAACAGUAAUGCUGAUUUAUGGUCAAAAGUGACUUCAUCGUCAGUCCUUGAGAACUUCCGAUCGAUGGUUGCAAACAGAUUGGCUGUGUCUGGCAAAGAGUGGACAGAUACCUUCAAGAAAUAUAACAGUGGCACGUACAACAACCAGUGGAUGAUUGUGGAUUAUAAGAAAUUCACUCCUGGAAAUGCAUCAUCACAAGACCUUCUCUGGGUUUUAGAACAGAUUCCUGGAACGAUAAUGGCAGCUGACGUCUCUAAUGUCCUCUUGAAACAAGGUUAUUGGGGCAGCUACAACAUUCCAUAUUUCCCCAAAAUCUUCAAUGCAAGUGGCGUAAAUGAUUUGGUGAAGAAAUUUGGUGACUGGUUCUCAUAUGAGAAUGGACCACGAGCCAAAAUAUUCAGAAGAGACCAUGGGAAAGUUGUUGACAUGGAAACAAUGGUUCAUCUGAUGAGGUACAAUGACUUCAAGAAUGAUCCUGUAUCUCGAUGUAACUGCACACCACCAUACAGUGGAGAGAAUGCCAUAUCAGCUCGGUCUGAUCUCAAUCCUGCCAGCGGAACUUACCCAUUUGGUGCUCUUGGACACAGGCUUCAUGGUGGCACUGAUAUGAAGGUCACUUCUUCCAUACUUAUCAAGAAGCUUGAGUUCGUUGCAAUAAGUGGACCAACUUAUACCAAUCUGCCACCCUUUCAAUGGAGCACGUCUGAUUUCAAGGAUGUUCGUCAUGAGGGGCUACCUGAUCUGUGGAAAUUCCCUGUGGUUCAGUAUGACUGGGACAGUAAACUGAUGACAAUCGCACCCUAGAGGUGUCAGUGCAGCUUGUUCAACAAGAAGCUACAAAAUAUCUGUGAUUCAUUUUUGAAUAAUUAUGUAUUUUUGUAAAUAUACAUUUGAAAUCAUGCUGCAAGAACCUAGUACAUUGUGGUCAUUUCGAGAAAAACAGAUUUAUUGCUGCACUUACCUGGUUGCCAAUGACAUCAUCAACUGACAAUCAAUUGCAUUAAACUAAAACUUUUUACUUACAUGUACCUGGUUCUCGUCUCAGUGAAGCGGCUGUUUAUGGCCUAUUGUUUUUGAGAGAAUUUCAACACCUCAAGAGCAAUGCUUUUUGACUUUAGUCGGUAGAGGGCACUCUGUCGAACAAAAUGGUACAAAUAACUCAAGUUUUGCUGAAAAUUUUUGACUGCACUGAUUUUACAGUGUUCAUUGUCACCUUGUAUUCCAACAGCUGAACAAGUUUUUGAAUUAUUCUAGUAAAAUAAAAUGAAAUAAUUGAGAUUAAA